CUCGAAAGCAGUGUUGACAGUCGGGUACUGGGUGGCUGCUGGGAAAAGAUGGCAGCUUCCUUUUGUUUGUGCAGAUUAACUGCUGUGUGAAAAAGCUAACUGCGAACUUCUGUCCGGGGGGAAAAAAAUCAGUUUUCUGCGUUUUCACUGCCCGCAGUUAAAAAGGCAUCACUGGGAGAACAUGGAGAAAAGCGGCAGCGUCGACAGUUUGGGCUCCAAACGGUCGACCUCACGACAGCCCAGUGUUGAUUCAUUAUCCAGCAGUACGUCCACCUCCCGCUCCGACCGCUCGGCUCAGGCCAAGCCUCCCUCUGCCAUGUCCUCUGAUUCUGCAGAGUUUUCUCCGGAGCUCAGGGUCAAACCCAAGACGUCUGCCAAGCAGGUGAAGGAUUCAGACAAAGAGGAACCGCAGCUGCUUCCAAAUGAAACGCUCCAGGACAUGGCACAAGACAUCACCUACUUCUGUCCUUUCACUGGAGCGCUGAGGGGAACGGUGAUCGUGUCGAACUACAGGCUGUUCUUCAGAUGCACGGACAGGGACCCAGCCUUUGUGCUCGAUCUUCCUCUCGGAGUCAUAAGUCGUGUGGAGAAGAUUGGAAAUGCUUCGAGCCGUGGUGACGUGUCCUACGGCCUGGUCUGCAAGGAUAUGCGCAAUCUCCGCUUCGCACACAAACAGUUAGAGGACACGCUGAAGAAGUCCAUUUUUGAAGUGUUGAUCAAGUUUGCGUUUCCUGUUUCUAACGGACUGCAAAUCUUUGCGUUUGAAUACGGACAAGUUUUUCCUGAAAAUGGCUGGAAGGUGUACGACGCCGUCGCCGAGUACAAACGACAGGGAAUUCCCAAUGAAAGCUGGAGGAUUACAAAGAUCAACGAUCACUACGAGCUGUGUGACACCUACCCGUCCACGCUGGCGGUGCCUGUCAACAUACCGGACGAAGAGCUGAGGAGAGUCGCCGCCUUCAGAGCGAAGGGCAGGUUACCUGUUCUGUCGUGGAUCCAUCCUGAGAGCCAGGCCACGGUGACGCGCUGCAGCCAGCCGAUGGUCGGGGUCAACGGGAAACGCAGCAAAGAGGACGAGAAGUACCUUCAGGCCAUCAUGGACGCCAACGCUCAGUCCCAUAAACUCUUCAUUUGUGACGCCAGACCCAGUGUCAACGCUGCCGCCAACAAAAUGAAAGGCGGCGGAUACGAGAGUGAGGAUUCGUAUCAAAACGCUGAGCUGUUUUUCCUGGACAUCCACAACAUCCACGUGAUGAGGGAGUCGCUGCGCAAGCUGAAGGACGUGGUCUAUCCCAACAUCGAGGACUCCAUUUGGCUGUCCAACCUGGAGUCCACUCAUUGGCUGGAGCACAUCAAGCUGAUCCUGGCCGGAGCGCUGAGGAUUGCAGACAAGGUGGAGUCUGGGAAAACGUCGGUGGUGGUCCACUGCAGCGACGGCUGGGACCGCACGGCCCAGCUCACCUCUCUGGCCAUGCUCAUGCUGGACAGUUACUACCGCACCAUUCGAGGCUUCGAGGUUCUCCUGGAGAAGGAGUGGCUGAGCUUCGGACACCGCUUCCAGCUGCGGAUAGGUCAUGGUGAUAAAAACCACACCGACGCAGACCGCUCGCCUGUUUUCAUCCAGUUCAUCGACUGCGUCUGGCAGCUGACACGUCAGUUUCCCGCAGCCUUUGAGUUUAAUGAGUACUUCCUGGUGACCAUCCUGGACCAUCUGUACAGCUGCCUGUUUGGGACGUUCCUGUGUAACAGUGAACAGCAGAGAAUGAAGGAAGAGAUUCCUAAGAGGACGGUGUCACUGUGGUCCUACGUCAACAGCCAGUUGGAGGAGUUCACCAAUCCUCUGUUUGUCAACUACACCAACCAUGUGCUGUUUCCUGUGGUCAGCUUACGCCACCUGGAGCUUUGGGUUGGCUACUACAUCCGUUGGAACCCUCGCAUGAGACCACAGGAACCUGUUCAUCAGCGUCACAAAGAGCUGCUGGCGAAGCGCGCCGAGCUCCAGAAGAGAGUAGAUGAGCUGCAGCGGGAGGUGACCAAUCGCUCGGCUUCGUCUUCAUCCGAGAGGGCGGGCUCCCCCACUCGCUCCAUCACACCGGUGCAGACAUUUGUUUGACCCUCGUUACAGUUACGGGUGUAAUAAACAGACCCAAACACCAGGCGUCAGUGAGCAGGUUUCUGUUAUUUAGACGUCUGUCCUUCAGUGUCCAAGCGCUCGACCACAGCCAUGUCCAAUCAGAUGUUUUCAUUUACAGUUGACAGAUUUCACCCAGUGUCAGUGUUGACAGUACUGAUGUAUGUGUUAUAGGAUCAAACUCCUCGUUCCUCACUGCACUUUUUUUUUAUGUUAUUGUCAACUAAACUGAAGCGCGUGUGAAUUCUGCAAAUACUGAACGGAGGUCAAAACUGUAACAUUUACUAAAACCAGGUGUAGCUGAAGCUCGUCAACGUUGAGGCAAAACAACAACAAAAAAAAGGUCGGGUUGUUUUCACAACGUUGUGCUUUUAGACCAUGUGACCAAAUGUCUUUGUUGGUGAAAUAAUGUAUUAUAUGAUGCAUUCCUGUCUUUGAGGUUUUUUUUAUGUUUCAAUUUGCAAAAUUCUCAGCUUUAUUUAUUAUACUUCAGUUCAAGCUAUUUAUGGCUCACAAACACUUGCCAAAAGUCAACCUCCCCUCCUGCGCCCCCCCCUCCAAUGUCAAUAGACUGAACGUAAUAUGCAAAAGAAAAUGGCCGCCUCAUAUUUGCUAACAUUUACUCAAACAUUUACUCUCUUGCUGAUGUUUUUAACCUUCCUCGUCAACGUUAAGAUGAUGAUAUAAUGUGUUAUGUUAAAUUUUUAUCUCAACGAAUCCUAAUGACUGUACGUGCCUUGCUCUGAAUGAUAAAGAGUAACACCAAAAGAUAAUAGUCAUUAAGGCUUUUAAUUGCCAAGGUUUAUCAUUAAAUACACUGUGUAUGUACAUAUUUUCAAUAAACAUGUAACUAAGCUUCAUGAAA